CGGUGUUUGAUCAGCUUUACGCUUUUUUAAAUAUAAAUACUUUAGUUUAUUCAAGUUAACCGACGUCGUAGUGACUUCUUUGUGUCGUGUUUGAUGGUACGGGAGUUCAGUCCGUCGCGUGCUGCUUUGUCCCGGUGACGACAUGAGACCCAUGCGGACCCGACACCCCAUGGGCCCCCCUCCGCCGGGGGGCUGGGGUCCUCCUCCGCACCCGGAGGACUGGGGCCCCGCGCCGCUCGGAGGGUGGCCUCUGCCGCCUGAGGAAUGGGGUCCACCUCCGCCCCCCGGAGGGUGGGGUCCGAGAGGACCAUCCCCGCCCCCGGGCUGGGGGCUUCACCCUGAGGACUGGAGACCCCCUCACCCUGAGGACUGGAGACCCCCUCACCCGAACGACUGGAGACCCCCUCACCCGGACGACUGGAGACCCCCUCACCCGGACGACUGGAGACCCCCUCACCCGGAUGACUGGAGACCCCCCCACCCUGAGGACUGGAGACCCCCCCACCCUGAGGACUGGAGACCUCCGGGCUGGGGACCCCCUGGCUGGGGGCUCGAGACCGCUCCAUCCGGAUCCGUAGCACCGGUUCCUCCCCCAGACCCCGCGGCCUACGGACCGGUGCCCGUCCCCCCUCCUAUGGGCUACCUGAGCUUCCCCCCCCCAGGCUGGAUGGGACAGGACGUGGUGGAGGAGGCCAUGCUCCACCCCCCGCCGGACCAGCCUGAGUGGAUCAAAGCCUUGAUCUCCGCUCCGGUCUCUGAGUCGGUUCUGGCGGACAGUAAGACCGCAGAGGAGGCGCCCGGCACCAGACCUCCUGUGGCGGACCCCCCCGCCCCGAGACCUGAACCCCCCAAGAUCAACAGAGCUCUGGGUCUUCUGGGGAAACGCACGUUUGAUAAGCCUCCGCCGGGCCGGUCUACAGGGAUCAUCUCCUUCAUCGGGCCCUCCUUCGGCUACAUCGAGAGAGAAGAUCUGGAGAAGUUCAACUUCAGCUUCGCCGCCUUCUUUGGAAACCCAAAAGCCAUGAAGCCCGGGGUCCGAGUCCACUUCACCGCCUGCAAGGAGAAGCAGAACGGUUGCAUAGCGACGGACGUGAAGGUGGCUCCUGGGGGAACCGAGAACGUGGACACGGAGAUCUACGAGGCGGUGGUCAGCCAGCCCAUCGCCGAGCCUCAGCCCGGCGAGCGGCAGUACCCGGGUCAGGUCCACGUGGACAUCGGGCCGCUGAGGACCAACCUGACCUUCGACCGGAGGGACAGCACGGUGACGCUGCUGAAGAAGGACCAGGUGCUCAUCAACCUGAUGACCGACAUCGUGAGCGAGAAGAGGAGGGCCACGAACAUCAAGCCCCAGAUCCCCUCCACCUUCAGCAGCACCAACGAGACCCGGGAGCAGGGCGUCAUCGUCAGCCUGAAGGACGGCGACGGCGUCAUCCGCUGUGCGGCGCACGGCGAGCUUCCCUUCCACGUCACAGAGAACUUCAGCGACAUCGAGUUCACCGACGAGGACGUCAACGAGGAGGUGGAGUUCACCGCGGCGACGCUGAGGGGCGGCAAGCGGGCCAUCAGGAUCCGCCGCGUGAAGGAGCCCCUCCUCCUCACCUUCUCUGCAGCCACCCACGCCGCCGCCCACAGCGCCGCCCACAGCGCCGCCCACAGCGCCGCCGCCAGGGACGACGACUGCUGGCUGAACGGGAAGGCCAACAUGAAGCUGGACACGGAGCUGUAUGAGGGCAUCGUCAGCCAGCCAAUCAUAGAGCCCAUGCCCAACCUGCAGGGUUACCCGGGUCAGAUCCACGCCAACAUCGGCCCCCUGAAGACCAACGUGACCUUCGACCACCGGGACUGCGGCGUCACGCUGCUGAGGAACGACCACGUGCUGAUCAACCUGCUGGUGGACGUCCUGAGCGGGAAGAGGAGGGCGGCCAACAUCAAGCCCAAGAUCCCCUUCACCUUCAGCUACACCAAGGAGAAGAGAGAGCUGGCCAUCGUCACCUUCCUGGGGCCAGAAGAAGGAAUCGUCAACUCCGAGGAGCACGGGGAGCUUCCUUUUGACAUCUGCGAGAACUUCAGCGAACUCAAGUUCAACAGCAGCGACAUCCACAAGGAGGUGGAGUUCACGGUCGCCAUGGUGAAGUCCACAAAGAGAGCCAUCAGGCUGCUGAGGACCAAGAGGAUCGAGGACCAGAUCCUGGAGGAGCAGAAGAAGAGGGAGGAGGAGGAGAAGAAAAAGAAGAGGGAGGAGGAGGAGAGGCGGAAACAAGAGGAAGAGGAGAGGAAGAGGAGGGCGCAGCAGCUGGAGGAGCGACGGAGAGAAGUGGAGAGGAAGAAGAGGGAGGAGGUGUCGGCGGCGUUGGCAGCAGCCAAAUGCAAAUGGACGCCCCUCGGCCUCCGGGUGAGAAACCCCGACACGCUGGACGACGUCAGCAAGGAGCGAUUCCAAGGCACCGUCCUCAAAGCCAUCUCCAAAUACCCACGGAAGGAGAUCAAGAAGGAGAACCCGGGGGAUCAAGGAAGUGCUCAGACGCUCCAGGUCCAAAUCAAAGAGGAGAAAAUUAAUGAAGAUGAGAAGGAAGAGGCGGAAGGCAAACCGGAGGAGGAGGAGGAGGAGGAGGAGGAGGAGAAGGAGGAGGAGAAGGAGAACCUGCCGGCGUCUCCAGCUGCAGUGAAGCCGCUCCCCGAGAUGGGCCGCCUGGUGAUGACCAUCGACGGCCAACAGAAGCUCCUCCCCUUCGGCCCCGGAGACCUGCUGAGCAGCGCCACCAUGCUGGACGGAGACAAGGUGCGCUUCAACAUCGCCACCAACGGAGAGACCAGAGAGGAGCGAGCCGCCUUCGUGGAGAUCCUCCCCGACUCCUUCGAGGAGUCCAUCGAACAGCGGCGACACGGCAUCGUGAUCGAGUUCUCUCACGCCUCCGGACUCAUCAAGUGUGCUCAGAACCCUCAGCUCUACUUCCACAUGUCGGAGGUGAUCGAGAAGAAGAGGCUGGAACUCAACGAGAAGGUUGAGUUCAGCGUGGUCCCGCACGAGACGGCCGACGGGGGGAACCAGGCCAUCAGGAUCAAGCGCUUCAGCGAGAGCGUCUUCCUCCCCGCCCGUAAGCUGGGUGGAGUCGGGGCGAACAAAGGGAAGAUGACCAUCAAGCUGAAGACAGAAGACACAGAAGAAAAAGAAAAGCCAGAGAGCGACAAGCUGAAGGCCGUGGUGAAGAAUCUUAGAACGCAGGACAGCAAGACCAGUGUCGGCAGAAGAGAUUACAGAGCCACUCAACGUAAAUAUGGCCGGAGCAGGAGUCCGAGUAGGAGCAGGAGUAGGGCCAGGAGCAGGAGCAGGAGUCCGAGUAGGAGCAGGAGUGGGGCCAGGAGCAGGAGUCCGCCCAGAGACCAGUUUGGGCGCAUCAUCAAAAAGAGACGCAGCACCAGCACCGACCGCGGCCACAAAGACAGCCGGUACAAGCGGAGCCGGAGCCGCGAGAGACCCAGCCGGCCCACCAAGAGCCGCACAAAGAGCCGAAGCCGGAGCUCUAGCAGGAGCCGUAGCAGGAGCAAGGAGAGGGCCGUCAAGAAGAGGCACAAAACCAGCAGAGAACCCGAGGAGAGUCACAAGAGGAGGAGGGAGCCGAGCCCUCCCCGACGCGGUGGUGGAGUCGUGGACGACGAGCUGGCGAGGAAGAAGCGGGAGCUGGAGGAGCUGAACGACAUGAUCGCCUACAAGAAGUCUCUGGUGGACAUCGACCCUGGACAGAGGACCUGCAUAGACUAUGACCAUGGCCGGAUCGCCGUCCCUCUCACGGAGUACAAACCGGUCCGGUCCAUCCUGAAGAAACGGCCAGACGGACCCGAUUACCUGCAUCAUUCCUCUCAGCCCUACGACGGCCCUUACUAUGAGCAGCCGUACAGUCCCUACCCAGACCGGCGGUACACCGAGCGCCCUGGGGAUCCGUUCGCCAGUCGCCCCUACGCCGAGCGCCCUUAUGACACUCGUCCCUUUGGUGAAGCUUCCUACGGUGGCCUUCCUGCUGCAAGCCACCGCUACACUGACCGCUACGAUGUUUAUGACGAACCGUAUGAAGAUCACUACUUGUACCCGGACCGACCGUACAAGGAUCCCUAUCCUGUCCGACGGAGCCAGUCUCCACAACCCCGUGAUCCCUCACCUUAUUCUCAGCCUUCCCAAGUUCCUUCUGCCUCCGCUCAACCGUCCUUGAUGAAUACUGCUGCGACUUCAUCUUCCCAACCCUCUCUGAGACCUCCUCCCACAGAACCGCUUCAGAGAAGCCCCUCUCUCACUCUGGAGAACACGACUCCAUGCCAGGCACCUUCAUCUGUGAAACAGCCCCUUGAUCGCUUCCUUGACAUGCUCAAUAAAAAGGUGGACGCUGAAAAGAAAUCUGAAGCGGUUCAUGUGAAUGAUGACCUCCUGCCUCAUGAGCGGGCGCUUCAGGAUGGCAGUGGUUUCUCUUGUAUCGUAGGUUUGGCUCCAGAGCAACCCAGCAGCAGUCUUGCUCUGGAGGGGAAACGUACCCAGCUAAGCCCUAAAAGAUCCUCGGUCGAGAGAACGAGUGAGGAACCAAAGGACGACACGGAACCCUACGUCAAGAUCCAAAGUCUACUCCGUACAAUUGGCCUGAAGCUGAGUACAGGAGAAAUGUCUACGCUGGCGAGCCGGGCCCAAGAGAAAAUCUACACCCCGAAAUCCUCAUCCUCAGAAAGAGAGGCUUUGAUAUCCUCAACGGAAAACCGUCAAAUGGGUAGAACUGGUUCCCCCUCGGCUACGAGGUCCUCCAGUUUGGAGCCACUUGGCAAAUUAAAAGCUGUCUCUGAGUAUGAAGGAUUCCUGGACCAGCAGGAGCUGGAGGCACUCCAGAAGGCGCAACAGCAGCAGAGUCUGACCAAGACGAUGGGGAGCACACCCUCCACCACUCUGUCUCCAACAGCUUCUCCUGGGCCUCUGCCUGCGCACUACCAACAUCCACCCCCACCCAUCAACUGGCCCCUUGGAGUCACGACCCACAUUGCUCCAGAGCAGAGUCCCACAACCUCCAGCACAGGUUCUCCAGUUUCUUCUGCAGUUGGGCAACCGUCCCAAAGAUUUGGACUUCCUCCAGGACCUCCCCCUGGACCUCCUCCCCGGCGUUCUGCGCAGCCUUCUCCAGGACCUCCUCCUGGACCUCCACCCCGGUAUACUUCCGGACCACCUUGUUUUGCUCCACCCUCCACUCAUACCGCCUUUCCUUUUAUUGGCCAACCUUCUGCAGCGCCACCCCUUAGCUCCUCCAGUCCGUUGCAGCCUUUAAUCACGGUAUCACCGCCACCAACGACACCUGCAACAUUGAGUCCAGUCAGCGUUAGCCAAUCCACCAUCUCUACCACAGUGGCCAGAUGCCUGAAGGUCAUAGAGACGGUGAAAUCUCUGGCUGUGCAACCACCAGCCAAACCGGUCAAAUCUGUCCAGUUCAGUCUGCCCAACGUCCCUCCGUCAGCCUCCUGUCAUCAGACCUCGGCCGAGGCCGAUGAUGAAAUCAAGAACAAACAGCAGGAGAAGCUGGAUUUGUACAACCAGAGGGUUUUAGUGAAGAGGGAGCAGUACUACAAAGAUUGGCUCAGCCGCAAGCACCAGAGUGCAGAGUGGAAGGACGGCGUUCGGAUCUUCCCAGGCAUGCCGAAUGCCAGGGAGCCCAAUAACGUUUGGAUCUGUGGCCAUUCGCUGGUGUACUGGGCCGAGUCCCGCGCCAAGUCUCCAGAGGUAGGUAUGCAGCUGGGCAUGGACCCCAGCAAGGUGACCAUCUGGUGGAAGGGCACCCAGGGCAUGACGUGGUCCCAGCUGCUGCCCCAGCUCCACCAGCUGAAGGUCACCUGGCCCAACCCGGACGUCCUCAUCAUGCACCUGGGGGGCAACGACCUGAGCACCGACAGCCCCACCGACCUGCUGGCCUCCGUCAAGAAGGACCUGACCUCCAUGAGGAGCAUCUUCCCCCAAUGCCUCCUCGUGUGGUCCAAUGUGCUCCCUCGCCGGGUGUGGCGCCACUCGACCGACAACCACGAAGUGGAUCUGGUCCGCACCACGGUGAACCGCAGGAUCCAGAACAUCGUGUCCGAGCUGGGCGGCUCCUCGCUGACCCACGAUAACAUCCGGUGCGGCGCCAACACGGGUCUGUAUCGAGCCGACGGCGUCCACCUGUCCCCCAAAGGCAUCGACGUCUUCAACCUGAACCUGCAGGACUUCCUGGAGAAGUGGGAGAUGGAGCUCGCCUAGAGGCCGGUUAGGGUACUUCAUGUUGUCUUGUUUUCAGUCUUUGAUUCAUGAACCUGCUUCAGGUUUUAUCUUCACACAGGAACCCAGACAGACGUCGCUCCACAUGAAACAUGUUGUCUGCAUUUAAACAAUAAAGUGAGUAUCGAGUGA